ACAUAGUCAGUCUUCAACGAACUUUCGUAUAUAUGGGUCGUUUUCUUUGAACGUCAUCGGCCACAUCUCGUAUUGCUUUCUGAAUAUUCAUAUAAAAGUUCAUCUGUAAAUAAGUUCUACACCUUAAUAAUCCCUAUACUGAUAAGAACAGCGAGCGAUUACAACAUAAUGCGUAAACAGUAAUCGGCCGAGACCGCGAGUCGGAAAGGAUCGAUCGGGAUCAUUGAUGCGAUGCUAGAUAUACGAUAACGCAACGGAAGGAAACUCGUGAAAAGAAGAAACCACCGAUUCGAUAGUUCGUCGAACAAUGACUGCUUCUGCUCAUUGUUCACCGUCCCGGUCAUCGUUAAGCUGCUGCCAGUUCGAUCAUAACAGCCACGAUGACGUCCACGAGGUGGCAAUCGCCGCGAAGGACAACUAUUUCAUAGAAGACAAAUACUCUUUCCCGAAAAGACCCGAGGUGAAUCUCACAUUCUACGACAUCCGGUACAGAGUGAAACUAUGGAACCUCCGACAGUUAAGGCCCAAAUCCAAAGAAAUUCUCCAUGGUGUCAGCGGGGAGUUCAAGGCCGGCGAGCUUGUCGCCAUAAUGGGACCAUCUGGGGCAGGAAAAUCAACUUUGUUGAAUGUUCUGGCCGGUUACAAAGUGAAAGGCGUCGAGGGAAAGAUUUUAGUAAAUGGGAAAAUUAGAGUACCGUAUAGCGAGAGGUGGAAGAGGACUUCAUGCUAUAUUCAACAAGAAGCCUUAAUGAGAACUAGAAUAACCGUGGGAGAAGCCAUGACAUUAGCCGCACACCUAAAACUUGGCUACAGUAUCAAUUCAGCCUACAAGCACACCCAAGUUUUGCAACUGUUAGAAAUGUUAGGAUUAAGCCAUUGCUACGACACCCUUUGCGGAAAACUGUCCGGUGGACAAAAAAAGCGACUGGAUGUCGCUUUGGAACUUUUAAGUAAUCCUUCAGUAUUAUUCCUCGACGAACCAACUACCGGCUUGGAUUCGUCUUCGUGCAGCCAAUGCAUCGCACUGCUGAAGCGUCUCGCUAAAGUAGAAAGGCGUACUAUAAUAUGCACGAUACAUCAACCGAGUGCAUUGCUCUUAGAGAUGUUUGAUGCCAUUUAUGCGGUUGCCGGUGGAUACUGCAUAUACAGGGGACCGGUUAAGUCCUUGUUGCCUCAUAUGUUCUCGAUCGGCAUUGAUUGCCCGCCUUACCAUAAUCCAGCUGACUUUCUUUUAGAAGUCGCGAUUGGAGAUUACGGUAUCACCGUGGACAAAUUAGCAGGUGCUGUGGAAACGAUGACGAAAGAUGACAAGUCCGUUACAUACGCAAUGAAACCACAGCUAGAAGAGAACACAAAGGAACCACCACCACCAGCAGGAUUCAUUGCUCAAUGUUAUCUACUCUAUAAGAGACAGUUACUUUGUCUGAAAAGAGACCACACGUUAUUGGUUGUACGACUGUUGUGUCACCUCUUAAUAGGAGUUAUUUUCGGUUACCUAUAUAUGGGAAGCGGUUACAGAGCGAAUGGUGUCCUCGCUAAUUAUGUUUAUCUGUACGGAUCGUUACUACUGCUCGUUUACACGGGUAAAAUGGCCGUCACCCUUGCCUUUCCACAAGAAAUGCGGAUACUCAGUAGGGAGCAUUUCAAUCGGUGGUAUCGGUUAGCACCGUACUAUAUUAGUCUACUACUGGUGGAAAUACCGUUCCAGGCAGCAUGUGCAACAACCUAUUUAACUGUGAGUUACUGGUUAACAGGACAACCCGUAGAAACUCCACGUGUAAUUUAUUUCAUGGUCGUCAGUGUAGCUGCUAGCUUAACGGCUCAAGCAUGGGGUUUUUUCAUUGGCGCGACCACACCAGUAAAGAUCGCAGUAUUCGCAGGACCUAUAAUUGCCGUGUUGUUCUCCGUGUUCGGAUUCUGUAUCCGUUACAUGGAUACGCCACAUAUGUUUCGAUGGAUCUUUCAUAUAUCGUACUUCCGCGCCAGUUUCCACAGUCUACUACACACUGUAUACGGCUUCGACCGGAUGGACUUGAAAUGUGACGAGUUCUACUGUCAUUACAAAAAGCCAACGCAAUUCCUCAAAGAGAUGGAAAUAGUAGACAUAAGCGUCGCAAACAAUCUCAUCUUGAUAAUUGGUAUCGGUGUUUUAAUGCAUUUGUUAACUGCCAGUGCUCUUUGGUGUAAACUUAACAGAAGAUAAGUACUAUUUAUUAUCGAUCCUGGUGAUUCUGUAUUAUUGUUAGCCAAUUUUUUUUCUACCGUGAGGAUGGCGUUAAAUAGAAUUCCUCUGGGACUUCAUUAAAAUGAACAUUGAAAUUUAUACUGAAAUUUGUAAUGAAGCUUUUCUUCAGCGAGGGAUCCAAUGAAAGUCAUCCCACCGUCUGAUAGAAAUUUAUUUCUAUUAGAUAGAAAUUAAUUCUACUUUUAUGAAAUUAUCCACCGGAUCAUUGCGCGUUGAAUCAAUUUCUGCAUUUGUACUUAUGAAUUGUAGAAAAGCUUUUAUUGAAGUUUCAACGUUCGGAAAUGUGUAGGAACUUUUAUCAGGUGUUGAUAGUGAUGUAUGUACUAAUUGUACUAAUUAGUAAGUAGAACUUCUGGGUUUUAAUGUACUACAUGUUACUCGAUAAUUACUCGCGUUACUCCGUGAUCACUGGGGUUAUUAAUUUAUGUACAUUUUUUUUUUUAUGGAAUUUUCUACAUUGGAGACUUUCGCAAAGAAUUAGUCGUAACUUUAAAAUAUAUGCGAUAUCUUAUAAUCGCAAAGAAUUAUGUAAACGUAAUAUAGAAUGCACGUAACAAUUAUGAAAGAAAUGUUUUUUUUUUAUUACGUUUUUACGUAUUACAAUUUCAUUGAUAAUAAAAUUUACUUGAAUAUGCAAAUUAGAUGCAAAAAUAUCUGAAGUAGUAAAACAAAAGUUCUGAACUCUAUCUUUUCAUAAAAGUAUAUAUUUACAUCAAAAUUCUCUGUGUAUUGAUAAUAUAAAAUCGGCGUUCUAUGUUACGUGCAAUUAUUUUACUGUUACGAUUGAUAUUAAAAAUCGAUCAAAUAAUCAACUCGAGGAACUGAAAGUUAUAUUGGAACAAAUGUUUAAGUACUUGGGAAUAUUAGUUUUGUUAUUAAAGACGCAUGACAUAGAAAUUAUGAUAUUAACAUUCUUUCUCGCGGUCAAUAAGCGUUUAUCGUGUACUUCUUUUACUUAUAGCAGAUUAGAAAAAUUGUUGAAUUGAUGUCUCGAAAAACUUUUGUUUUUUUAUUUUUACUAUGACAGAUCUAACUAUUUACUGUGAUAUAUUUGUUAAAGAUUCUCGUAACUUUAAAUAAAUAACAUAAAUAAAUGUGAUUUUAUGUAAAUUAAAAAACUAGAAUCUCGUAAGAAUUAUCCGUGACAAUUUAUAAAAUGCUCGAAAACUAUCAAAACUAUAUUUCUAUCGUAAAAUAUUCGAUCUGCGUUCAAUAUUGAAACUUCCGGUUUCAAUUAUAUUUUUUUACUGUUUCAACACUUUAUCGUAUUAUUGCUAUAAAUUCUGUCACUUGCAGAAGGGCAAGUUAUUAAUUAACUAUUAAUUAACAGUAUGAAAAAUUCGUUUAUAUUGUUAUAAAUAGAUUCUACUUAUUAUAUUAAUUAAUUUGUAUAUAUAACAAUAUUUAGCUUAAUUAUUUGUAAUGACAACUUGUUCCAGUAAUGAGUAAAGAUAAACAAAAUUGAAAUGUUAUAUUCCAAUUUGUGUAUUUUUUUUUUUUUUUUACACUAUUACAGUGUAAAAGAGAAAGAAAGAAAAAGAAGUAUAUUUUUUAUAUUUAAUUUUUAUUGUACUGUAUCCAAUUUGUUUCUACAUUCGGAUACAUUAUCAAUUCUUUUUUUUUUUUUUUUUUUUAAUAUCAUAUACAGAUAGAACGCUAAUACAGUUCCCCCAAUCUGUCUCGGUUAAUAUUAUAAAUUGAUUAGGGGAAACAAUAAUUUCUGUUCACAUAAAUUACAGCUAGUUGUUUCACGCACACGCACGCGCAUAUCUUUGUUUCCACAGUUAAAUAAAAGUUUCAUAGGAAAACCGAAAUUCAAGAGAUCAUGUGAACACUAACAACUCGAAUGACGAAUUUCAUUCUACAAAUAUACAUACAAUCAUAUAUUACGUUGUGUGUUGUGUUCAUUAUACUAAGACUAUGAUGAUAGAAUAAAACAGAGGAUACAAGAAAAGUAUGAAAGAAACAUAUCGUCGGCAGAAGCACAAUGUUUUUAAUAUUAAGAAUAAGAUUUUUUUUUUAUAAAGAAUAAGAUAAGAUUUACUCUUCUAAGGCAAAAGACGAAAAUUAAUAUAAUUUGCCUCGUUAAAGGGAUCAAUAGCCUAUACGAGGAAAUAUUUUUUGUUAUAUUUGAAUUAGAAAUACACUAUCAUACACGUACUGUGAAUUUCCAUGAUACAAGUGUAUCUACGAGCACGACUUUAUAAACAUCUCGUGUAAAAAUUGUACUUUGAAGAGAUACACUCCGCAUUGAAUUUGUUAUACUUUUCAAUAUAAUAAUCACACGAACUUUUCAUUAUUGAUAAAAAUUGUGCAGAGCAAAUAUUACAUGAAAAUAUGAACAUAUAACUAUUGAACCCUUCAAAUAGUGAUUUAUUAUGAAUAUCUUUAAAGUCCUACAUGUACGUUUAGUAACAUAACUUAAUAUGAAUUUUAUCAAGAUAUGCGUACAAUCCAUAUCUUUGAUAUUUUCAAUUUCAAAUUCUUAUCAAUAGAAUAAAGUAAAAAAUGUUCUUUUCAAAUUACACAUAGGUGUCUCGCUUAAUAAUAUUUCAUAUUCCUAUUCACAGUCUGUAAAUAUAUACAGGAAUACAUUUUAUUAUUUUGUCUUUGAUAGAAAUCAUUCUACGUGUAAGUAGAAAGGAAUAAAGGGAAAAAAAACGCUACGUUUCAUUUUUAUUACGUGCGAUAGAGUCUGAUUUGUAUCAUUUUCUAAUUACAUUAAAUAGUUAAAAAUGGGUUAAAAAUGCUCUAAAUCGAUAGUCACGUACGUAAUCUGUAACACUGAGGCUUCUUUAAUACUUUUCUUUUUUUUUUUUUUUCAUUCGAUGAGACAUUGUAACAUCUAUUUCAUUUUUCAUUUGACAUAUCGGAAUAUAAUUUAUUAAUACUCAUUGCGACAACUCUAACGAACAAACGUACGACAUAUUUAAAAAUGAAGAAAUGCGACACAGAAAAAAAAGAUAUAAGCGAGUUAAAAUAACAGAGAAAAAAAUUAAGAAAAAGAAUAAAAUAAAAAGAAACGAGACGAAAAAGACGAAAAAUCAGGAAAUGUAAAAAUCCUAUCACAUUUGGUCUAUUCUAAGUACAAGUUUAGAAAAGACCAAAUUAUUAGGUACGAUUAUACAAUAUGUAGUAUAUACAAUAGAUUAAUUAUUAUUUGUCUUUAUCGACUAUUUACAACGAACAAUGUAUAAUUUUUGUUUUAAUCACAAUAUUUCGACUGUUUCACCUUUCUUUGCGCUUCCGAUUCAUCCUCCAUGCCGUAUAGAUGAUACCGGUGCUUCAUUUCGGUCGCAACAGACUUCAAUAAAAAAUUAAUCAAAACAGUAAAAA